AAAAGAAAGACUCCGAUCACAGGAACGAGACGGAUCCGGAUCAUGCGAGGGAUCUCCAUCCGAAGAAACGAAUUGCGGGCGAUCUCUAUCCGAAGAAUAGUCUCUUUUCCAGUCACACUCAAUUGCUACAUCCAAAUCAUAUAUAUAUUCGAAUCUCUGUGUCCCUGCGCACACGCCAAGACUUGUGCAGGGUGUGGAGAACUUUACUGCUGUGGCUUCAUCAUUUUGUCAGCUGGAGAGCGGGGAGAUUUUAAUGGAAGGGGUUUCAUUUGGAAUCCGUUUUGAAUAGGAGUUUACUCUCUUAUGAGCAUUUGGGAUUUUUUAUUUUAUUUUAUUGUAACCACCUAUGAUUGGUAGGAAGACCAUGGGACAGGCUUCGCCAAUAUUGUUGAUAAUGUUGGCUCUUGGGUUUUUCUUUGCGACGUAUGAUUUGUUAACAAUGAUAUUCCACCAUGGGUCUUUCGGGAAAUGGGUAGCUAUUAAUUCCGAUGGUGUAUUAUCAUUUGACCCAAUUAUUGAGAUGCCCGAAAAUAUGAGGAAACGGAGGAAUGUCAAGUCCCUCUUCCAUGUUGCAGUAACAGCCACAGAUGCUACUUACAACAAAUGGCAGUGUCGCAUUAUGUACUAUUGGUACAAGAAGCAGACGAACUUGCCGGAAUCAGAGAUGGGAGCAUUCACUCGGAUUUUGCAUUCAGGAAAUCCCGACAACUUGAUGGAUGAGAUUCCUACCGUUGUGGUUGAUCCUCUUCCUGCUGGUAUGGAUAGGGGAUACAUUGUUUUAAAUAGACCAUGGGCCUUUGUGCAAUGGCUGGAAAAGGCUACAAUAGAGGAAGAAUACAUUUUGAUGGCAGAGCCUGAUCACAUAUUUAUAAAGCCACUGCCAAAUUUGGCACGUGGGGGACAUCCUACUGCCUUCCCAUUUUUCUACAUUAAGCCUGAUCAGCAUGAGAAAAUUCUGAGGAAGUUCUAUCCUGAGGAGAAAGGCCCUGUGAAAAAUAUUGAUCCUAUUGGCAAUUCUCCUGUAAUUAUCAAGAAGGAUUUGUUGGAGAAGAUUGCUCCCACAUGGAUGAAUGUCUCUUUGAGAAUGAAAUACGACCCAGAGGCUGAUCAAACUUUUGGAUGGGUUUUAGAAAUGUAUGGCUAUGCUGUAGCAUCUGCUUUGCAUGGCGUGCAGCAUUUUCUUCGGGAAGACUUCAUGCUGCAGCCCCCGAGGGAUUGGGGAAUUGGAAAAAGGUUUAUCCUUCAUUACACUUAUGGAUGUGACUAUAACUUCAAGGGUGAGCUAACAUAUGGGCAAAUCGGAGAGUGGAGAUUUGACAAGAGGUUGUUUCUACGUGGACUUCCACCAAGAAACCUCUCCUUGCCCCCUCCAGGUGUCCCUGAAAGCGUGGUCACCCUUGUUAAGAUGGUGAAUGAAGCAACUGCAAACAUUCCUAAUUGGGAUACACAGUAGACAUUUGCUAGCCCAUGAAACUGUACAGAAACCUCAGCUUAGAUGUUCCCAGGUUCCAUCUUCAAAUGGUCAUGGAUUGCCUUGCUGGAACACUCACUGCCACAAUUUAUAGAAAAAAACAAAGCAAACAUUAACUAAUUACAUUUUUUUUCUCAAGAAAAAACGAAAAAGGGCCUGAAGGAAUGAAUUAUUGCAGCCUCCUUUUUACUUUCUCUUCCUUUUAAUAUCAUGAGUUGCAUCUAUGUGUGUA